UUUCCUAAGAAACGCACGCGAGCGCACAAGAAAGAGGACGAGGAUACGCUUGCUUUCCUCUCUUCUUAUUUUGGUCUCGUCUCUGUCCACGGGGAUAAGAAUUUUGGCUUGUUUUCUUCGGGAUCGGUCGAUCGAACGAGAUAGAGAAGGAAUCAACGAUGGGGAGAGGGAGGGUGCAGCUGAAGAGGAUCGAGAACAAGAUUAACAGGCAGGUGACGUUCUCGAAGCGCCGGUCGGGGAUGCUGAAGAAGGCGCACGAGAUCUCGGUGCUCUGCGACGCCGAGGUCGCCGUCAUCGUCUUCUCCACCAAGGGCAAGCUCUACGAGUACUCCACCGACGCCAGCAUGGAAAAGAUUCUCGAACGUUACCAGUGUUAUUCAAAUCCGGAAAAACCCCUUGCACAAGAAGAUCCAGGGUCACAGGGAAGCUGGUUUCAUGAAUAUGGCAAACUGAAAUUGAAGGUUGAGUCUCUACAAAAAAGUCAAAGGCAUCUCAUGGGAGAACAACUCGAUUCCUUGGCACUUAAAGAACUUCAACAACUGGAGCAACAGCUUGAGAGUGCUUCGAGACGUAUAAGAUCGAGAAAGAACCAACUUCUAUUUGAUUCAAUUGCUGAACUUCAGCAAAAGGAGAAGUCAUUGCAAGAGCAGAAUUGCAUACUGGAGAAAAGGCUCGUGGAGAGCAGUAGUGCCAGGGCCUUGACCGAACAACCCCACUGGGAACCACAAAGCCAACCUCAGACAAGCUCCUCGUCACCACUCCCCUUCCUAGUAACAGACUCUUUCCAUACCCUGCACAUCAGAUCGAAUCAAGUUAGAGGCACAAUUGGAGGGCAGGAAGUCAUGCAAACCCUUGCCCAGGCAUAUAGCAAUGGUUCUUUGCCACAUGAGUGGGUAGAUUACUCUCCUUCCAGAAAUUUUAAGUAAUGCAUCCAGGAAUGGUGACGUCUGUCAUGAGCCAGACCGCUCCAUUGCAUCCCGGCCAGCAGAUGAUGGUGUGAGACCUUUCAGCUACAGGAGCCAAGCCUGAAUCCUAUAUAGGCUAUUCUUGGAUUUGAGCUCCACUGUUCUCUUACCAGCAUGUUCUACUAGGAGUGAUAUUAUAUGAGUCGGCUUUGGAACUUGAUGGGAUCUUGGACUCGAAGAUGGAUAUAAUUAUGUUAUCUAUGUAUAAUAUUUAUGAAACGUUAAUCCCUCUUGUUUCAUAUGUAGUGUUUGCCGGAAUAAGUGGAGCGUAGAAACUAUCUGUUAUUAGAAUGAAAGAAUGUAAAGAAAACUAUUAUGUCAGAAUAUGCAAGAAAUGUUAGUUUUUUUCUCUGUUCUCCUA